AUGAUGGCAGAAUUCCAACGGAAGAUCGAGCUCCAGUCUCCAGACGAUCUACAGUACCUAGUCUCGAAUGUGCGACGCGCUGCAAACGAAAAGAUAGACAAGGACCUACCGCCCAUUGAAGGCGAGGACAAGAUGCGGGAACGCGUCGAGGAGCUGGUCAAUGAAUACAUCAACAAUGUCUUCCACACCUCCUCCGAAAACAUAACAAUCAACGGCAUGAAUCCCUCCCCGGACCUCUUAACCUCAAUACUCAGCUCCAAGUCUACCAAUCCGGUCCUCGAAAUUGAAGAACACGAGCCCUUCAACACCAAGCUUUUCGAGCGCGCUAAGGACCUUGCGCGUCAAGAGGAAGAUUUGAUCGAGGAGAUUGCCGCGCUAAGACGGAAAGUGCCCGUAAAGGUCGCGGAGAAUGUGAGGAGGGAGUACAAGGAGGGGGUUGAGGGCGAUGAGGCGGUCCUGGGGAGGCUGGAGGAGCAAAGAGAGAAGGGAUACGCGGAUUUGGGGGUAGGGAGGUUGGAGAGGCAAGAGGAUGUCGAGAGGGGAUGGGAGAGGGGUGUCAAGGGGUUGGAGAGUUUGAUGAGGACGAUGCCGGAGACGCUUGCAAGGAAGGAAAGGGCUGAGAAGGCGGAGGCUCAUAUCAAUAGGGGAGAGAAGAGAUAA